AUGAGUAGCCUGUCAUUUGACCAAGGUAGUACUUCAUCUCUAUUUUUAGCAAAAGAUAAUGCUGAUAAGGAUAAUCAUGGAUCGAGAUACAUCCCACCUUGGACUACUCCAUACAUUAUUGGAGUAGGUGGCCUAUCAGGUUCAGGUAAAACAAGUGUGGCAGCUAAAAUCGUCUCAUCUAUCAACACCCCGUGGACGGUUUUAAUCUCUUUGGAUAAUUUCUACAAGCCAUUGACUCCAGAAGAGCGAGAGCUGGCUUUCAAAAAUACUUUUGAUUUUGAUCAGCCGCAUUCAACUGAUUUAGAUCUAGCUUACCAAUGUCUUCUAAGUCUUAAACAAGGUAAAAAGACAACAAUACCUGUCUACAGUUUUGUGCAUCAUAAUCGAGUGCCAGAUAAAAGUAUCACAAUUUAUGGGUCAAGUGUGGUCGUGAUUGAGGGUAUUUAUGCAUUAUAUGACCAGCGUUUGCUAGAUCUUAUGGACCUGAAAAUUUACGUAGAUGCAGAUCUCGAUGUCUGUCUUGCGCGACGUUUGUCGCGAGAUAUUGUAUCAAGAGGAAGAGACUUAGAAGGCUGUAUCAAACAAUGGGAAGACUUUGUCAAGCCAAACGCGGAUAAAUUCGUGAAACCUACAAUGAAAAAUGCUGAUGCUAUCAUUCCCUCGAUGGGUAAUAAUGGAGUUGCAACACAAACCUUAAUUAACCACAUAAAGUCGAAAUUGCAAUUAAAGUCGAAAAAGCACCUGAAAGAAUUAGUCAAGCUGGGAUAUAUUCAAAAUACAAAAGCAUUAUCGGAAAUGUCAAAUAUACACGAGUUAGAGCCAACAAAUCAAGUUCUUUCGUUGAGAACCAUGUUACUAGACAAGUAUCUCACUCGUGAUGAUUUUGUGUUCUAUUUCGAUAGAAUUGCCACUAUCUUGGUCUCGCGUGCCCUUGACGACAUUACUUGUAGAAAAGGAUCUCAAAUAAUAACGCCAUCGAACAUAGUUAUUGAUUCUCCUACGGUUGUUGAAUUUGAUAAAGUGACUGCGAUAAAUAUUGUCCGCUCUGGUGAUUGUUUUAUGAAAUCUUUGAAGAAAACUAUCCCCAGCAUUGCAGUUGGAAAGCUUCUUAUCCAAUCUGAUUCUCACACUGGUGAACCUCAAUUGCAUUGUGAGUUUUUGCCUCCGCAACUUGAAGAUUUUGAACAAGUGCUCUUAGUUGAUGCUCAAAUUAUAUCAGGGGCAGCCAUUAUCAUGGCCAUUCAAGUUCUCUUAGACCAUGGAGUCCCACUUCAAAAAAUUAAGGUCAUUGUUUACUUGGCAACGGAAAUUGGAAUCAGAAGAAUUUCUAACGCAUUCAAUGAUAGGGUUAGCAUUUACGCGGGGCACAUUGUGGCCACUGAUGCUUUAGGAACUGACAACUGGGCUAGAAUUCGUUUUGUUGACUCUAAAUAUUUUGGUUGUGAUUAA